UCUGGAGUGAUUGACGGCCGUUUGACUGAGCAGCAGCAGUGUACUCCCUCAGGCUUGGCCCAGUACAUCUUCCCAACAGGUCUGGCUAGGGCAUCAUUAAAAAUGGAGCACCAGAGCUCUGACAGGGCUCAUCAGUGCCACCGUACACCACCCUCUCUCUCUCUAUUUCUCUCUCUCGCUUUGUUUCCCUCUCUCUGUCUCUCUAUCUCACCAGUGCCACCUUCCCCUGGUGGACCUCCUGACCUCAGCCAGCUAAUGGCCCUCUCUGGGUCUGACACUGUCUCUGGGUCUGACACUGUCUGACACAGCAAGCAACCUCCUCCCUCCCUCCCUCUCUCUCUCUGCUGCUCAUCCUCUGGGUGCUGACCAAAGCUGUUUUUCCACGAUGCGCUCCUCCGCUCCAAUACUGUCAUCACGUUACAGGGCCUUUACCCCAUCUUCAUCUCCCUGGGGUCAAUUCCAUUUUAAUUCAGUCAAUUCAUGAAGUAAAACUGAAAUUCCAAUUUUCCUUUUUGUAAACUAUGAAGAAAAUUGGAAUUAUAACUGGAAUUUCAGUGGAAUUGACCCUAUUCCUGCCUUUGUCUGUAUGACGGUGACCUCACUGUUUUGACCACUGACCUGUAACAACAUUUGAUAUAGAGAUGAAUUUACCUUACAAUCCAGCACAGAUGUCUGUUAUUUAAGUUUCUGUACCAGAUAGAAAUCAGUGGACCAUACGUUCACUAAAUUCCAGUUCCGGAAUCUAAAAAGGUCAAACAUAAAUACUCUGUAAAUUCCUUCUUACAUAUACUGUAAUCCUGAAAUGUUUUGUGUUUAUCUUGAUCUACAUUGGGACAAAUUAUAUGAAAUCUUAGAAAGUUGAUGACACCCUAACAUGUGCAUACAGUAUCCUAUAUAUCCUAUAUACUGUAACAUAUCCUUCUGGAAAAUACAAUCAUUCUAUAUACAGUAUCAUGACUGUAUAUCAUUUCACACAACGUAUCCAUAUAAUAACGUGAUAUCACUAACAUAAUGGCAACCAGGAAAGAACAGCCUUGAGCAUAAUGUACUACAUAAAGCUUUCUUCAAAAUGUAUAUUAUUUCAUUUCUGAAUAUGUGGUAAAUAUUGUAAACAUAUGCUGUUGAAUUGCAAACAGUGUGAUUUACACAGUAAUGUGACACGCUCUACUUUUCCAUUCAGGAAAAGAUGAACAUGACCUCAAUAAACCCAAUUUACCGUAAGAGCAUAAUUGGAACAGGGUGCUACAAAGGCCCAUAUAUAAAGCAGUCAUGAGCCACUGUCUGUCCUUGGACCACCUCAACAGCCAUUAGUAAAUCACAGUCCUUGGUAGUGGUGUAAAGUACUUAAGUAAAAAUACUUUAAAGUACUAAGUCGUUUUUGGGGUAUCUGUACUUUACUUUAUUAUUUAUAGUUUGACAACUUUUACUUUUACUCCACUACAUUCCUAAAGAAAAUAAUGUAUUUUUUACUGAUACCAAAAAGUACUCGUUACAGGAAUUACUGUAGGCUCCUGCUCCCAUGAGCCUGUCACGACUCCCUCCGAAGCUGCCUCAUCUCCUUGUUCGGGCAGACUUCGGCGUUCGUCGUCACCGGCCUUCUAGCCACUGCCGCUCCUCUUUUCAUCAUUCCAUUUGUUUUGUCUUGUUUUUCACACACACCUGGUACAUAUCCCCUCAUCAGUCUCUGUAUAAUUAUUCCCUCUGCUCCCACAUGUCUUUGUGUGUUAUUGUUCCAUGCGGAGGGGUCGCUAGCUCGUGUUGAGCAUUAUGUUACUUUUAUCGCCGGGAUAUUCACCCGUGUGUUUUGUUUUCCCAGUACGCAUUGAAGUCGCACUGUAUUUGGUUUAAGCAUUGCUGCUGACUGCUGUAUUGGCCAAAUAAACCCUAUACUUUGAUUCACACCUCCUGCACCUGGCUCCAUCCUACUCACCUUGUUACAGAGCUAUUCCGGCUGUCAAGGGUGCCAAUUAUAAACGCAACAUGUAAAAUCCCAUGUUUCAUGAGCUGAAAUAAAAUAUCCCCGAAAUGUUCCAUACGCACAAAAGGCUACAUUUAAAUUACUACCCUGUGAGUGAGAAUUUUUCCUUUGCCAAGAUAACCAUCCGCCUGACAGGUGUGGCAUGUCAAGAAGCUGAUUAAACAGCAUGAUGAUUACACAGGUGCACCUUGUGCUGAGGACAAUAAAAGGCCACUCUAAAAUGUACAAAUGUCUCAAGUUUUCAGGGAGAGUGCAAUUAGCAUGCUGACUGCAGGAAUGUCCACCAGAGCUGUUGCCAGAUAAUUUACUGUUAAUUUCUCUACCAUAAGCCACAUCCAACAUUGUUUUAGAGAAUUUGGCAGUACGUCCAACCGGCCUCACAACCGCAGACCACAUGUAUGCCGUUGUGUGGGCGAGCAGUUUGCUGAUGUCAACGUUGUGAAAAGAGUGCCCCAGGGUGGCGGUGGGGUUAUAGUAUGGGCAGGCAUAAGCUACGCACAAUGAACACAAUUGCAUUUUAUCUAUGGCAAUUUGAAUGCACAGAGAUACCGUGACGAGAUCCUGAGGCCCAUUGUCGUGCCAUUCAUCUGCCACCAUCACCUCAUGUUUCAGCAUGAUAAUGAAUGACCCCAUGUUGCAAGGAUCUGUACACAACUCCUGGAAGCUGAAAAUGUCCCAGUUCUUCCAUGGCCUGCAUACUCACCAGACAUGUCACCCAUUGAGAAUGUUUGGGAUGCUCUGGAUCGACGUGUAUGACAGCGCUCUUUACAUGACAUAGACUGACCAGGUGAAUCCAGGUGAAAGCUAUGAUCCCUUAUUGAUGUCACUUGUUAAAUCCUCUUCAAUCAGUGUAGAUGAAGGGGAGGAGACAGGUUAAAGAAGGAUUUUUAAAGGGAUACUUCACCAGAGUCAGAUUAACUAUUGGAUACCAUUAUUAUGUCUCUGUGUCCAGUAUGAAGGAAGUUAGAGGUAGUUUUGUAAACCAACGCUAACUAGCAUUAGCGCAAAGCAGAUACGCAUAGACCUCCAGUCAUUGUGCUAACGCUAGUUAGCUAGCGCUAGUUAGCAACUUCCUUCAAACUGCACGCAGAGACAUAAAAAUGGUAUCCACGAGUUCAUCUGACUCUGGGGAAGUACAUAGAUAAAGGGCUUCAUUGUCAAAAUCCCGAAGUAUCCCUUUAAGCCUUGAGACAAUUGAGACAUGGAUUGUGUAUGUGUGCCAUUCAGAGGGUGAUGGGCAAGACAAAAUAUUUAAGUGCUUUGAACAGAGUAUGGUAGUAGGUGCCAGGCGCACCGUUUUGAGUGUGUCAAGAACUGCAGUGCUGCUGGGUUUCAUACUCAACAUUUUCCUGUGUGUUUCAAGAAUGGACCAUCACCCAAAGGACAUCCAGCCAAUUUGACACAACUGAGGGAAGCAUUGGAGUUAACAUGGGCCAGCAUCUCUGUUGAACACUUUUGACACCUUGUAGAGUCCAUGCCCUGAUGAAUUGAGGCUGUUCUGAGGGCAAAAGGGGGUGCAACUCAAUAAAGGUGUUCCUAAUGUUUUGUAUACUCAGUUUUGUAUACACAGCAUAAGGUACAUCGUAGGUGAAAAACAUGAUGUUUGUACAUUAUAAUAGUACGACAAUUUAAAGUACAGUAUGCUGCCAAUCUCCAGCUGGUUAGUGAUUUUGUGUAAUUAACACAUACAGUUUACACCGGUUUCAUAAUUUACAUUGUUUUUUCUAAUGAGGGCCACAGAGCCUUGAACAGCAUCAUCUAUCAGGCCUCAAGUAUUUAUUUUUCAGCCAUCUGUUCAAUUAGUGUAUCCAUACCGGUUUUUAAUAUAUGCACAUAUAGGAAUCUGUGUAAACCAGAUUUCUAAUUCAGAUUAAUAACUGUCCUCUCAUUCUAAUCCACAGAGACAUUUUCAAAGAGAAUCAUCGGAGGCCAGAAGGUCCAGCCAUACGCUCACAAGUACCAGGCGUAACAGGGACCACUACCGUGGAGCCACACUCAUCCGGUCCAAGUAGGUGGUGUCGGCUGCCCACUGCUGGAAACCGUGAGUACUGACUACAAUAAUGGGAGAGUGAUGGAUAACAGUGUACAGUACACAAUAGAAUAUAUGGGUGGAUUCAUUUUAGCUCAAACGGGUUUUGGACAAUUCUAUUGGUCCUAAAGUGAAAUGAAUGUGUUUUGUUUUUCUAUCACUACAGCUGCAGGACUUUCAACAACGACAUCAUGCUCAUCAAGGGAAGAUACUUUUCUUAACAUUCCACCACCAUGAGGUAGAGACGUGCUGUGUUUCAAUACCCACACAGGCAUACCACUUACAAUGAAGCUUGGGCAAGUGGUAUGCUAGUGUAAAUAUCGAAACCUAUCGAUGGUGUUACUGUGUUUGUACCUUAUAUUUCAGUUAGUCUACUCACAGCACAACUUCAGAUACUGCUGCAGCCUAGACACUAAACCAUAACUUCACCCCGCCCCUGUUGAUCCCUGCUCUCUGAUUGGUCAGCAUCUGAUUGUGGGCCUCCUGAUUGGUCAGUAGCAUCUGAUUGUGUGCCUUUGCUGUGGUUGUGUGUGUCCUAGCUCAGUGAGCGAGCCCAGCUCAAUGCCUACGUUCAGCCUGCCGUACUGCCAGAGGACAACACCCCUGCUCUCCAAGGGUACGCUCAUCAACUCAUCCUUGAACGCUGGCUAUGUCCCUUCCGUCUUCAAGAGAGAGAGUUGCACCCCUUCUCAAAAAACCAACACUCGAUCCCUCUGAUGUCAACAACUACAGACCAGUAUCCCUUCUUUCUUUUCUCUCCAAAAGUCUUGAGCGUGCCGUCUUUAGCCAACUCUCUUGCUAUCUCUCUCAGAAUAACCUUCUUGAUCCAAACCAGUCAGGUUUCAAGACUGGUCAUUCAACUGAGACUGCUCUUCUCUGUGUCACAGAGGCUCUCCGCACUGCUAAAGCUAACUCUCUCUCCUAUGCUCUUGUCCUUCUAGACCUGUCUGCUGCCUUUGAUACUGUGAACCAUCAGAUCCUCCUCUCCACCCUCUCCGAGCUGGGCAUCUCCGGCGCGGCUCACUCUUGGAUUGCGUCCUACCUGACCGGUCGCUCCUACCAAGUGGCUUGGCGAGAUACUGUCUCCGCACCAUGUGCUCUCACCACUGGUGUCCCCCAGGGCUCAGUUCUAGGCCCUCUCCUAUUCUUGCUAAACACCAAGUCACUUGGCUCUGUCAUAUCCUCGCAUGGCCUCUCCUAUCAUUGCUACGCAGACGACACACAACUAAUCUUCUCCUUUCCCCCUUCUGAUAACCAGGUGGCGAAUCGCAUCUCUGCAUGUCUGGCAGACAUAUCAGUGUGGAUGACGGAUCACCACCUCAAGCUGAACCUUGACAAGACGGAGCUGCUCUUCCUCCUGGGGAAGGACUGCCCGUUCCAUGAUCUCGCCAUCACGGUUGACAACUCCAUUGUGUCCUCCUCCCAGAGUGCGAAGAGCCUUGGCGUGACCCUGGACAACACCCUGUCGUUCUCCGCUAACAUCAAGGCGGUGACCCGAUCCUGUAGGUUCAUGCUCUACAACAUUCGGAGAGUACGACCCUGCCUUACACAGGAAGCGGCACAGGUCCUAAUCCAGGCACUUGUCAUCUCCCGUCUGGAUUACUGCAACUUGCUGUUGGCUGGGCUCCCUGCCUGUGCCAUUAAACCCCUACAACUCAUCCAGAAUGCCGCAGCCCGUCUGGUGUUCAACCUUCCCAAGUUCUCUCACGUCACCCCGCUCCUCCGCACACUCCACUGGCUUCCAGUUGAAGCUCGCAUCUGCUACAAGACCAUGGUGCUUGCCUAUGGAGCUGUGAGGGGAACGGCACCUCCGUACCUUCAGGCUCUGAUCAGUCCCUACACCCAAACGAGGGCAUUGCGUUCAUCCACCUCUGGCCUGCUGGCCCCCCUACCUCUGCGGAAGCACAGUUCCCGCUCAGCCCAGUCAAACUGUUCGCUGCUCUGGCACCCCAAUGAUGGAACAAGCUCCCUCACGACGCCAGGACAGCGGAGUCACUCACCACCUUCCGGAGACACUUGAAACCCCACCCCUUUAAGGAAUACCUGGGAUAGGAUAAAGUAAUCCUUCUACCCCCCCUUGAACCCCACCCCCCCCCCCCCCCCCCCCCCCCACCAUUUUUUUUUUUUUUAAACAAAAAAAAAACUUUGUAAAGUGGUUAUCCCACUGGCUAUAAGGUGAAUGCACCAAUUUGUAAGUCGCUCUGGAUAAGAGCGUCUGCUAAAUGACGUAAAUGUAAAUGUACACCACCUGUACAGUGAGCGGCUGGGGCAUCACCUGUUUCUACAGCUACUACCUGUCCCCUGUGCUGCAGAUAUGCAGACCUUACUGCCACUGCUACUACUAUUAUUUUUUGAAACGGAGGUAUCACCUGUUUCUACAGCUACUACCUGUCCCCUGUGCUGCAGAUAUGCAGACCUUACUGCCACUGCUACUACUAUUAUUUUUUUCAAACAAAGUCAACACAGCAGCCAUUGCUAGCUAGCCAACACUACCAGCUGGCUGUACUGUAGUAGCUAAAUACAAUAUCUUUGUGCUAGCUAGCCAACGUUUAAUCAUUGCUGCGUUAUGAAAGAACUAGACACGGACACAAAUUAUCUGUUUAGUGUGUUCACACACUAUUGGUAGUUUGUUGUAACCAAGUAUUGGUGCUAAACUGUGUGUUAUUGGAUGCUAGCAUGCUAGUUAGCUAUGGCGUCAUAGUUAGCUAGCUGAAUAAAGUAAGUUGAGUCUAUUCAUUGAAACAUUGAACCGCUGUAGUUUACAACAAUUCUAAUUUCUAAAGUGGAAGUUGGGAGAGUUUUAUUCGGGUGGUUCAGUGAAACAAUUAUAGUUUCUGAGGUGGAAGUUGGGAGAGUUAUAUUUUUUUGGUGAGGGAGGCCUGCUCUCUCCUUUCCCAGAUGUUUAGUUCAUUUCAUUCCGAUCUCCUCUGCAUUAUUGUAGCCAUCUGCUGCAGCCUGUCAACUAUGCCUCUGCCUAUCCCUGUUCUCUCCUCUCCGCACAGGCUACACAAACGCCUCACACCGCGUGGCUGCUGCCUCUCUAACCUGGUGGUCCCUGCACGCACCACACACCUGGAGUUCCAGGUCUCAGGCAGCCUCUGGAACUGCCGUUCUGCCGCCAACAAGGCUGACUUCAUCCCAGCCUAUGCUACCCUCCAGUCCCUCGACUUCCUGGCGCUGACGGAAACAUGGAUUACCACUGAAAACACUGCUACUCCUACUGCUCUCUCCUCGUCUGACCAUGUGUUCUCGCAUACCCCGAGAGCAUCUGGUCAGAGGGGUGGUGGCACAGGAAUCCUCAUCUCUCCCAAGUGGUCAUUCUCAAUUUUUCCCCUAACCCAUCUGUCUAUCUCCUCAUUUGAAUUCCACGCUGUCACAGUCACUAGCCCAUUUAAAUUCCACGCUGUCACAGCCACUAGCCCAUCUGAAAUUAGCCCACCCAACUACCUCAUCCCUAUAUUGUUAUUUAUUUUGCUCUUUUGCACCCCAGUAUCUCUAUUUGCACAUAAUCUCUUGCACAUCUAGCAUUCCAGUGUUAAUACUAUUGUAAUUAUUCUGCACUAUAGCCUAUUUAUUGCCUUACCUCCAUAACUUGCUACAUUUGCACACACUGUAUAUAUAUUUUCUGUUGUAUUUCUGACUUUAUGUUUUUUACCCCAUAUGUAACUCUGUGUUGUUUUUAUUGCACUACUUUGCUUUAUCUUGGCCAGGUCGCAGUUGUAAAUUAGAACCUGUUCUCAACUGGCUUACCUGGUUAAAUAAAGGUGAAAUAAAAUAAAAAUAAAAUAAAUUUAAGCUUAAUAUCCUUGUCAUCUAUCGCCCUCCAGGUUCCCUUGGAGAGUUCAUCAAUGAGCUUGACGCCUUGAUAAGUUCCUUUCCUGAGGAUGGCUCACCCUUCACAGUUUUGGGGGAUUUCAACCUCCCUACGUCUACAUUUGACUCAUUUCUCUCUGCCUCCUUCUUUCCACUCCUCUCCUCUUUUGACCUCACCCUCUCACCGUCCCCCCCUACUCACAAGGCAGGCAAUACGCUUGACUUCAUCUUUACUAGAUGUUGCUCUUCUACUAAUCUCACUGCAACUCCCCUCCAUGUCUCCGACCACUACUUUGUAUCCUUUUCUCUCUCGCUCUCCUCCAACACUACUCACUCUGCCCCUACACAGAUGGUAACACGCCGCCGCAACCUUCGCUCUCUCUCUCCCACUACUCUCUCCUCUUCCAUCCUAUCAUCUCUUCCCUCUGCUCAAUCCUUCUCCCUCCAAUCUCCUGACUCUGCCUCCUCAACCCUCCUCUCCUCCCUUUCUGCAUCCUUUGACUCCCUGUGUCCCCUAUCCUCCCGGCCGGCUCGGUCCUCCCCUCCAGCUCCGUGGCUUGAUGACUCAUUGCGAGCUCACAGAACAGAGCUCAGGGCAGCGGAGCGGAAAUGGAAGAAAACUAAACUCCCUGCCGACCUGGCAUCUUUUCACUCCCUCCUCUCUACAUUUUCUUCAUCUGUUUCUGCUGCUAAGGCCACUUUCUACCACUCUAAAUUCCAAGCAUCUGCCUCUAACCCUAGGAAGCUCUUUGCCACAUUCUCCUCAUCCUUCUACCCCCCCCUUACCCCCCCCCCCCCCCCCCAAAAAAAUAAAUAAAUAAAUAAAAUAAAAUAAAACUUUGUAAAGUGGUUAUCCCACUGGCUAUAAGGUGAAUGCACCAAUUUGUAAGUCGCUCUGGAUAAGAGCGUCUGCUAAAUGACGUAAAUGUAAAUGUACACCACCUGUACAGUGAGCGGCUGGGGCAUCACCUGUUUCUACAGCUACUACCUGUCCCCUGUGCUGCAGAUAUGCAGACCUUACUGCCACUGCUACUACUAUUAUUACCACUACUACCACUACCACUACCACUACCACUACUACUACUACUACUACUACUACUACUACUACUACUACUGGAGGAUCACAGACAACAUGAUGUGUGCUGGGACUCGCUUUGGUGACAUGGACUCCUGUCAGGUAAAGCCUAAUCUCGGCACCCAGAACCAAAUCUUUAACAUUUGUCACAAGAGCCUAGGUAUAGACUGGUGUGAAUAAUAGGGUGUGGCCCUUAAAAACUGGGCCAGAGCCAAUGGGGAUAUUUACAGUUUGGAUUAGGGAAAUGUUUGUGUUCAGAUAAGGGACAUCAGCUACUGGUCCCCAGAUCAUAGGACAUGUGGUAACUUAACAUCAAAUUGGCCAGAUAAGAGAGGUGUGUUCACACUUUGUAAUAAUAAUAAUAUUAAUUUACUAAAUUUAAUUUAUUAAAUGUAUUCAUAAUAGACAUCUCAAAGCGCUUCAUAAGCAAAAAAGAAAGAAAGAAACAAGCAAUAUACUGUAUCAUGGCCCCGUGUAGCUCAGUUGGUAGAGCAUGGCGUUUGCAACGCCAGGGUUGUGGGUUCGAUUCCCACGGGGGGCCAGUAUGAAAAAUGUAUGCACUCACUAACUGUAAGUCGCUCUGGAUAAGAGCGUCUGCUAAAUGACUAAAAUGUCAAACCAAUAGAGGCCAAGUCAGUUCAUGGCUCGAGUUUGAGGGGAGGGAGCUGGUCAGAAGUUACAAAGAGUUACUUUGUAGCCCUAACAAAAGGACCAGAGCUUUUGUUCAUUAUUGUGUCUUUUGUGUUAUUGUUCUACAGGGCGACUCGGGCGGACCCCUUAUCUGCAAUGGAAACUUGGAAGGCAUCGUCUCAUAG